AUGGAGAAUACAAAUUCCAUAGGACUCAGUCCCAUCCGCAGGGAGUCUCAACGAAGCGACCAUGCGUCCACCGUCACCAGGGUGCAGUCUGUGAAAUCAAACGACGAGCAGGACGCCUCUCAUUCCUUCAGGCUACGUCGCUCAUUGUAUGGUUUGAUUAUUGCCGCGAUUUACACUGCUAUAGCUGUUGCCUCGUGGGCUCUUAUUUGCCGGCUCCGGUUUCGGGUCUCGCGCGAUACAGACUCCGACGGAUUCUACUCUUCGCCCUAUUCUGGAGUGGAAGACGCGCGAGCCCAGAUCAAGAAGGAUGAACGGGCAUACCAUAUUGCGCGCGUUCUCCAGGCGAUCGCUGCUGUCCUGGCACUGCCAGUGACGUCCACUGUCUGCGCAAGUGCUGCAGUGAUUUAUAUGCAGCGCCACCGAAACAUCAGCCUGCGACAAGUCAUGGCCCUAGCCGAUAGAGAAUGGAUGGAUCUGUAUACACACAUGCGAAUGUUUUCCUUCUUCGGCAUCGGUGCAUGGAAGCGUUACGGGACAUCGCUGUUGCUGCUUGCUAUGCUGCUGAGUCUCCUUGGCCUGGUCAUCUCGCCCAUCCAGGCUAUCCUGCUCUCUAUGGAGACCGUCAAGAGUCCAGCUGAAAGCCAGACCAUCCGGGGACUCUUUGACCUACCUGACGCAUUUCCAUCGCCGGACGACUUCUAUUCGGGCAGCGAAGGCAACCUCAUUACUGUCAUGACGCGGAGUUCCCUCGAGACGGCCACGCUUGAGGACAUCCAGGCCCAGCUCUGGCGGGGCACCAAUGUAUCCUGCAAUCCAAUGUCACCGAGCUAUGAUGAAGACGUAGCCUGGACCUCUGACCUCGGAUCUAUCUGUGAGGCGCGAGGCAAUACACUUGAAAUCAUGCCCGGGCUGCCCGAUCCAUUCCUUGCUGAACUGCCUGCCGACUUCAACACCGGCCUGAUCCAGCAGUUCGCGCCUCGUAUCAACUCCACUGCCCGCUUUGAGAACAUCACAGAGGAUGCGUUUCCGACUGGCUGCGAUCAGGUCCCGGACGGAUUCUUCGUCGAGUACUCUAACACGACCACCCCGUACUCCACGGAUCAAACUUGGGCGGUGCAGGCGUGCAUGCCGGUGAAUGUGACAGACUCGCCGUGGAAGUCGACACGCAAUCGCCAGGAUUUCUCGGAGGUGAUGUAUCUGAACAUCACCAUGACGCCUACGAGUCUCCAGCGGACCAAUGCGCCCGAGAAUGCUUUCUACAGACUCACACUAGACACAACAGCCGGCUACUUCGAGCUGCCAAACUACAUGAACGGGGAAGUUGCUGGACCACUGCUCGAGAGUGACCCAGUAGAUCUCUGCGGUGCCAACUGUGCAUUUCAGGGCUGGGACGAUUCCGAGAGCAACAACGUCGGAAACCCUAACCCCCAGCUCGACCCCGAGCGAGACGCAGCCUACAUCGAACAAGCCAUAAACAAGGGCCCCCUCUUAACCCUCGCCCUGGCCCUAUUCGGCAACAGCUCCUUCAUCGAAACCGCCCUUCGAAGCCCAGACACAUACAACCCCCCCUUCGAACUCCAACAAAACCUCACAGGCUACUGCCUCGACAUCGCGCCCCUAGCCAGCCUCCUCGAAUCAAGAAGCUACACCUCCAACCGAUACUGCCAGCAAUACGGCCGCUCCGAGGAUCCCUGGGACCGCGUUUACACCUGGCUGGACCUCUUCCACGGGAACACAACCUACGUCUCGCGCGGGUUCACCGCAGCCGCGUUUCUCGCGAACAGGGCACGCAUUCAGGGUCUCGUCGCCUCGUACCUCGACGCCUCGCUUGUUGUUAGCUAUGAUCUGGGCGCGGAUGUGGAGGUCCCUUCUAUCUCAGUGGCCGGCGUUAUCGUGCUCUCUAUUCUCAUAGGAAUCCACCUCCUGGCUCUGCUCGCGCUGGGAAUCUAUGCGGCGUGGGAGCCGCGGUGGACGAUGAUGCUGGACUCGUUCGCGAUGAUGCGUAUGGCUGGGAGCAUUGCGCCACCGCUGCCGAUGAAGGUGGCUGCGGGGCCGCAUCGUGCUGCGGUGUUUGAGCGCACGCCUGGCUGGGUUGGGGAUUUGGUUGGUGGGGACGAGAAUGGAGAUCAGGCUGUUGGGAGAUUGGGUGUUGGGGCGGAUUUGAGGCUCAGGAAGGAUACCCCGUAUGAGGCUUUUCAUAAGGAUCCGUCGUUUGCGAUCAAUUCUGGGUAUUCUGGGGCUUAUGCGCCAUAG